UUUGUUUUCUUCCUGGAUACGGUUGCUACAACCGUUGCGCACUUGUUAGCUUCCAAACAGACGACUUUACUCGCCAAGUGUCAGCGCCAAUUUGAACUGUAUCUCGGUAAAUAAAGUUCGGAGCGGCUUCCGAUCCAUUGCUUUCCGUCUGUACUGCCCCAGAGAACCAAACGGGAUGUACACCUACUCAAGUCACCCCAAACCUGUGGAGAUCCGCAAAUACAGAGAUCUGCCCGACCCGAGCCAGCUGCAGUAUGGAAACAUUAUGUAUGAUCGUCGGGUCGUCAGAGGAAACCUCCAAGGCCAGCAGGUCAUUUCAAAAAAUAAUCAUUCAGACCCUGGUAUGCAGCAAAGACAGCAGGCGUACAGAAGGAGAGCUAUUGCUCGAAAGCAGGCCAAGGAUCAGUUAAAAACCAAGACUCCUGAAGCUAUAGAGGGCAGACAACAUGUUGAUGUGCAAACAGACUCUUUCCUUGAGGAGCUGAGCAAUAUCAUUCAAGUUAGUGAGAUGGAUUGUCAGACCGACGAUUUCCUGGAUAAACCAUCGACUCCCCUCUUCGUUCCUGCCAAAUCUGGGGUAGAUGUUGAAACGCAGAUAGAGGAGGGGGAUCUGUUUGACUUUGACCUGGAGGUGCAGCCUGUGUUGGAGGUUCUGGUUGGAAAGACGAUUGAACAGUCCCUGCUGGAAGUGAUGGAGGAGGAGGAGCUGGCCUGCCUGCGGACCCAGCAGAGGGUCUUCCAAGAGCUCCGAAACAACGAGCUGGCAGAGGUGCAGCGUCUGGAGGAGCAGGAGAGACGCUACCGAGAGGAGAAAGAGCGCAGAGUUGCCCAGCAGAAGGAAGUGCUAAAGAAGGAGGAGGAAACCGCAGAGAAGAUCGCCGCCCGGGUGUUCAGCCAGCAGUACUUGGCUGGACUAAUCCCUGCAGUCUUCACCGCUCUCAGAAACCACGGCUACUUCUAUGACCCUGUGGAGAAAGAUAUUUCAGUGAAUUUCCUCCCAUGGCUCAUUGCUGAGGUCAACAACCAAUUAGACAAGAGAUAUGCAGCAAGAGAAGUGCUGGACAACAUCAUCUAUGAAGUCACCCAGAAAAGACUGCUGGAGUUUACGCAUCUCAUGUUGGGUCAGAACUGCUGUGACUCAUGAAAAGAUCAGGUGAUCAGAAAAUGUUCCAUCAGAAAUAAAAGUCAUAAAAAAGUA